AUGGAAACUUUCAACGUAGACGAAAUGCUUAAUUCUACGGAAAUUAGCACGUUUUUGUGCAAAUUGGGCAUCAGCAAUGCGUCGGGUUGCGGGCCCCAGAAAGUCGCAACAGCGGACAUGAGCAUCAAAGAUGCCGAGGACUUUGUGCGCGUCGUCCUUUACUGCGCCAUCUUCCUCAUCAGCGUGGUGGGCAAUAGUUUAAUCAUCACGGUUCUGUCUCGGAAUCGGCGCAUGCGCACCGUCACCAAUUUGUUCCUGCUCUCCCUGGCCGUCAGCGACUUGAUGGUCUCCUUGGUGUGCAUCCCUGUCACCCUCAUCACCAACCUCAUGAAGACCUUCAAAUUCAGCGACGCAACAUGCAAGAUUGCCAUGUACCUUAUGGGGGUCUCUGUGAGUGUUUCCACUUACAACCUGAUGGCCAUCGCUCUGGAACGCUACAGCGCCAUCUGCAGACCGCUAAGCUCCAGGACGUGGCAGACCAAGUCUCACGCGUUAAGGGUCAUCACCGCGACGUGGCUGACUUCCUCAGCUCUCAUGAUGCCGUACAUCUUCUCCAGCUCGUUGAAGCCCUUCCAACGACGCGACAACACCGAAGGUCACAUGUGCCGUAUGAUGUGGCGAGAGGAAAACCUCCUGACGUACUGGUAUACGUCUUUGUUGCUUUUGCUCUUCUUCCUGCCGGGUACGGUGAUACUGACCGCCUACAGUCUCAUUUCUGUGGAGCUCUACAAAGGCAUCAGGUUCGAGCUGUCCAACAGGAUGUCCACCAGAGACAGACCGGCCAGCUUUAGCAGCCUUCGAGAAGUCGAUGGCGACGGCUGCUACCUUCACUCAAAAAAGCGAAACUCCCAGGGCGGGUUGGGCCGCGUGGGCAUCCGAAGCAACACGACCAACCUUCUGGCCAAGAAGCGAGUGGUCCGCAUGCUCCUGGUCAUCGUUUGCUUGUUUUUCCUAUGCUGGACUCCCAUCUUCGUGGUCAACGCCUGGCAGGCUUACGACCCGCAGGUGGUCCAACGUCUGACCGGCGCGCCCAUCUCCUUCAUCCACCUCCUGUCGUACACGUCCACCUGCGUCAACCCUGUCGUCUACUGCUUUAUGAACCGGCGCUUCCGUCAGGGCAUGAAGGCCACCUUGACCUCCAUGCAGCUCAAGGCGCGGACCGUGGACAUCUGGACUCAGAUUAUCGACGCCAAAUGGUACGAAGGACCCGAAGAGAGCGCUCUGCACAAGCGCCAGGCCAGACGACGGGAGAAAGAAGAGCAAAAGCGCCAGGCCAAGCGUCAGAUCAGGAACCAGCGCAGGUCGGCAAGAUACCCGGGAUCGCUAGCUAGUAACCCCGUCGUCAACGGUGUCCAGGAUGUCGUCCAGGAUGUAGUCCAGGAAGUAGUCCAGGAAGUAGUCCAGGAGAUACCCCAGCCGAUGACCGUAGAGGUCCCAGAGCAUCUGCAAGACUCUGACGAGGAAGAACCCAUCGAGCAGAUCGGCGAGACGUACGUAGAGUUAUACAUCCAUCCGUAUCCCGAGCAGAACCCGGGACAGGACACAGAGCGCGCCGGUCAAGGGGCACCGGGUGGCAUGGCCUCGUACAUCAGCCUCACCAGCAUUCACUCGUUGCUACCGCCGGAAGUCGUCUGA